AUGAUCAGUGAGAGUGCAUAUAUCGAGUUAAUGAAGAAUUGCUCAAAGUGGAAUGAACGAGCGUGCAAUGAACGCCGGGCGAGGCUACGUUAUCCUCUCUUUGAUCAACAAACCGGAACAGCACAUCGCUUCAACCCAAUCUUCUAUCGUUUACCUUGUCAACGUUCAACAUCGACCGACGGAAACAUCGUUGUGCAAUACUCAACUUGUCGAUGGCGUCGCCGUCAAUCCGCUAACUCAUCUGAUGCUAUUGAAAUGAAGAUGUUCCUUCGUGAUAAUCCGGCUCUCGAUGCUGCACUCAAUACGACAGCAUCAACGACACAAUCUGAUACACUUGACUUAGUUUUCGACUAUGGUCAAGGUAAAGGAACACCAAAAGGGAUUUUUGAUUAUAACGAAGAGGGUGACGAUGACGCGUCAAAUGACGAUGGAGGUAGCGACGAGGAUGACUGGGGAUCGAAGCGUAAGAGUCGCAAGACACAGGGUGGUGCAUCUGGUGUCGGAAGCGGUACGAAAAACAAGAAGAAGGCGAGUGAGCUGGCGAGAUCGGGGCGAGGCAGGACCGCGUCGGCAAGUACGCGGCAGGACGCGGCGGACGAAGCAAACAGUUUCCAAUGCACAAUGUGUCCAGCGUCCUACAAGAGUCUCGCGGGUUUAGCCUAUCACAAAGCAUUUCAACAUAAAGAUCCACUACCAAACGAUACUAGCAUAGAAAUCUCGCCUGCGCUUGAAAUAUCUACAAUCUGUGAUUUGUGUCUGGGUAGCAAACACAUGAACAAGAAGACGAAGAAACCGGAGGAUCUCGUUGUGUGUCAUGACUGUGGCAGAUCGGCUCACUCUUCUUGCCUUAACUUCAAUGAUAACGUCCCAGUUAUUAUUAUGCGCUAUGGAUGGCAGUGCAUCGAAUGUAAGAGUUGCACAAUUUGUGGAACGUCGGAGAAUGACGAUCAGCUACUAUUUUGCGAUGAUUGUGAUCGCGGUUAUCAUACGUACUGUUUCACUCCGAAAAUGAAAAGCUUGCCGGAGAAUGAAUACUCGUGCUCUCUAUGUAUCGCAACGUUUGGUGGUAGGGCUAGUGCGGUAUUGAAAACGAGCACCCCGACUAGCACAGUGACUGUCUAG